UACAGCCCUUUUUCUUCCUUUCCGUUCGCUUCUUCUACUUCUCCUCCUUCCACCUACGCGGAUUCACAAUUACCACCUCACCAAAGAAAAAAAAUUAAAACUAAAAAGUCAAAUAAAGGCAAUAAAGAAAACUUCCUUCUUCCACCAUGUCCGUGGAGGCAUCAAUACAAACACGACCCAUUCAUUUAUUAUUUGCUAUCCAAACACACACCAAGACACGCUCAAACACACACGGAGACUAAUUCUUGAGUACAGCUUUCUUUUGGGUUCUGAAGUUUUGAUUUUGAUCUUCAUACUAGCUUUAAGAUUGAAAAGGGUCUCUGAAUCUACCAAUAUUUGUUCAUAUUUUGGAUUAUAUUGGAAGAAAUUCUGGAUUUUUUGGUUUAUGGCUUCAGCAGCGGUUUUCUCAUCAUUACGGCGACGGAGGACGCCGUCACUGGAGGCUUUAUUGGCGCCGGUGGAGUUGUCCGAGGAGAAAUUAUUGGUAAUUUUGACAGGAAUAUCAUCUGAGCUGAUUUCAACAUUUUCUUUGAACAACAAGACGAUGUCGUUUCAGCGGAAGAAUUCGCGGAACCUGGUCAGAAAGAUUGAGGUUUUCGCGGUUCUUCUUGAGUGUUUGUUGGAUUCUACAUCUGGGAUUUCAUCAAUAUUGCCUUCUACAGCUGUUUUGUGCUUCAAGGAGUUGUACCUUGUUCUUUACAGGUCCAAGAUUCUUCUUGAAUAUUGCCUGCAAUCGAGUAAGUUAUGGCUUUUGCUUCAAAACCAUUCGAUUUCUGGUCAUUUCCACGAUUUGAGUCAAGAAAUUUCCACCCUUUUGGAUGUUCUUCCUUUGGAUGGAUUGAAUUUGCCUGAUGAUGUUGUUGAACAAGUACAAUUAAUAAAGAAACAGUCAAGAAAGUCUAAAUUGUUCAUUGAUAGAGGUGAUGAAACUUUGAGAUUGAAACUCUAUUCAUUCUUGAAUGAAUUUGAGUGUGGAUAUAUACCUGAUCGGUUUCAACUGUACUCAUUUUUUGUCGAAAAGUUGGGGAUUAGAGAUGCUAGGAGUGGUAGAAUGGAGAUUGAGUUUUUGGAGGAGCAGAUUGCAAAUCAUGAUGGGGAUAUUGAGCCCACAGCUUCUGUAUUGAAUGGAUUUGUGGCCUUGACACGUUAUUGUAGGUUUCUGUUGUUUGGAUUUGAGGAGGAUGAAGUACAAAUGAGGAUCAGGAAGCAUAAGAAACUGAAAAAGGGAUUGCUUACUCAAGAGAUAGCUGAGACGUUUAUUACAAUCCCAAAGGACUUUUGCUGUCCCAUAUCAUUAGAUUUGAUGAGGGAUCCUGUGAUAAUAUCAACUGGCCAGACCUAUGAUCGGAGUUCAAUAUCAAGAUGGAUGGAGGAAGGGCAUUGUACUUGCCCGAAAACAGGGCAAAUGCUUGUUCAUACUAAGCUUGUGCCGAAUAGGGCACUCAGAAAUUUGAUCAUGCAGUGGUGUUCUGCACAUGGAUUCCCAUGCGAUCCACCAGAGCAUGGCGAUCCUUGUUGUGAUAUAAUUGCAGCUACUUCACCUAGCAAGGCUACAGUUGAAGCCAAUAAGGCCACUGCACGUAUUCUCAUUCAGCAGCUGGCAAAUGGAUCCGAGGGUGCAAAAACUAUUGCUGCACGAGAAUUAAGACUGCUAGCGAAAAAUGGAAAAGAAAACAGAGCUUAUAUCGCAGAAGCUGGUGCUAUUCCUCACCUGAAAAAGCUGCUUUCUUCUCCUGAUGCAGUUGCACAAGAGAAUUCUGUGACUGCUAUGCUUAAUUUGUCAAUUUAUGAUAAGAACAAAAGCAGAAUAGUUGAUGAAGAUGGAUGUCUAGAAUCUAUAGUUCGUGUUCUUAAAUUUGGGUGCACUACAGAGGCCAGGGAAAAUGCUGCAGCAACUUUAUUCAGUCUGUCUGCUGUUCAUGACUAUAAAAAGAGAAUAGCAUUAGAAGAUGGUGCAGUUGAAGCCUUGGCAGGGCUGUUAAGAGAAGGGACACCCAGAGGAAAGAAGGAUGCUGUGACUGCUCUGUUUAAUUUGUCUACUCAUACAGAUAAUUGCGUGAGAAUGAUAGAUUCAGGUGCUGUUACUGCUUUAGUUGGAGCCUUGGGAUGUGAAGGUGUUGCUGAAGAAGCAGCAGGUGCGUUGGCCCUGAUUGUUAGGCAACCAAUUGGGGCUGAAGCAGUUGGAAAUGAGGAAAAGGCAGUAGCAGGUCUAAUUGGAAUGAUGCGAUGUGGGACUCCUAGGGCAAAAGAGAAUGCAGUUGCCGCGCUGCUGGAAUUAUGUCGGAGUGGUGGUUCUGCCGCAGCAGAGAAGGUGUUGAAAGCACCUGCAUUGGCGGGUUUGCUUCAAACCUUGCUCUUCACUGGGACAAAGAGAGCAAGAAGAAAAGCUGCAUCCCUUGCUAGAGUUUUCCAGAGGUGUGAGAAUGCAUCGCUGCAUUAUGGCGGAUUGGGAGUAGGGUAUGCAUUUGCAGGGAACUCUGCAACAAGUAGGGAAAUAAGUUUCAGUAGUGAAUAUGUGAUGCCUGUGCCUGUGUCAGUGCCGGUAUUGUAGUCAUAACUUGUACACUUGUUUUGUUAUUCAUUUUCUUCCCAUUUUUGCCUGUAAUAUUCAAAAUUUUUUUUAAGUUAUUAGUGUAAAAAAGUGAAAUGAAGUCAUAGGAAUACAAUUAUUGAUUUA